AUGACAAGGAGGAUACUAAGAUUUGGGAAUGUGUCUCUGAAGGCACCUAAUAAAAACAAGGACCUCAAGGGUAAAUAUGUUGAUCUUAUUUCCGGGACUUCUGGAGAAAUAGUCUCGGGAAGAUUGACUGCCGUGAUGGGAGGAAGUGGAAGCAGCAAGACUUCUUUUCUCAACCUUCUUAUGGGAAAGGUUGAGAGCGAUGCACUGACGUCUGGCGUGAUCACCUUCGAUGGAGAGCAAAGGAAGAUUUACAAGUGGCUUGAAAGUACCUCUUACCUGGAGCAGUUCGAUAUCUUUGCAUCAGGGCUCACAGUGGAGGAAUCCAUAACGUACUCGCUCAUCUUCAGAGGGAGAGAAAUCAAAGACUCCAGCAUUCCUUCGAUGGUAGACGACAUAAUUGGAGAGUUAGGGCUGGCCAGGCUAAGAGGAUCACUGGUUUCAUCUAUCUCUGGAGGAGAACGCAGGAGAGUCAUGCUUGCUGCUGAACUUGUAGUGGAGCCUGAGGUGGUGUUUCUUGAUGAGCCUACAAGCGGCCUGGAUUCCCGGCUAGCUCUCGACACAGUCAGAAUACUAAAGAAGUACGCAGAAUCGAGGAACAAGAUCGUCUUGAUGACUGUUCAUCAGCCGGGAAGCUCGAUGUUCAGUCUGUUCGAUGACAUAAUAUUUUUAGAUAGAGGGAAAAUAGUUUAUGCAGGACCCACUUCUGGAAUAGAUGACUUCCUCGAAUCCGUUGGCAUGCACAGACCUUCGAACAUUUCUGUUGCAGAGUACCUAUUUGAGUUAGACAUCAACAGCCCAGAGCAUCAAGGCCGGUGGCAAGCGGAAGACAGGCAGGAAGCGUCGGGGCUGCUUGGCAAGGAUACAUUUGAAAGAAACAACCAAUACUUCGUCGUCUCAACAAUUUCAUGGAGGCACGUUUGGCAUCUACUCGUCAGGCAGUUGAAGAUAGACUACAGAAGCGGAGUUAUGAAAAAUGUAUUUCUGUUCAAAAUCGCCAUGGCAACAUUCAUGUUCUUCUUUUUAUGCCAUAAGAUGAGAUACUCUGUUUUUCUGUUCAUUAAUAAGAUGUGUCCGCAAUAUUCGUCUGCAGGAGAGAGAUAUCUCAACGACCUGGAGAACUUUCUCAAAAGAAACUACGGGAAUCUAGGAAUACUGUAUAGAGACAUUCUAGACUUCUUUGCCUAUAAUAUGAUCCCAUUCAUCACAUCCUUUUCCAUAUUCAACGACUCAACCUUCUUGGACAACAAUGUGCUUCUGCAAAAGGAAUCCUUCAGAUGUGACUACAGCCAAGUAUCUCUUCUGGCCUCGACCUUGAUAUAUGAAUGUACAUUUUCGUUAGUCAGGUCAUUCUAUUUCUGUUUUCUCCUAAGCCUGACACAGCUUAAAGAUGUUUUAACGGCCAGAGCAAUCCUGAUGUUCGUGCUCACACCUCUUGGAAUGGUUGUCUUCAUGACAAUGGUCAAGACUUUUUCUUCGUGUAGCUACCCACUAAAUAUCACAAGAGUGGCUGCAUUUGUACUUACAACGUUCCUGAGGCCUCUUUGGCUAAGCAUGGAGUUAGAGGAUUUGAGAAGUAGAUACAUGUUUAUGAAAUAUCUCUAUCCAGCAUCCUACGCACUAUUUUUUUGCCCAUUUCUGCUUUUGGAUGCAUUGUUUUAUGUCACACUUGGGGAGGGGUGCUCUGCAUCGCCGGGAUUCAUUACUUUUCUUGGCCAAGUCAAUGGUAUUCAAAUAGAAGGCCAGGAGGACAUUCUUUUGAAGAACUCUCUCAACUAUGUAAUGACAUUUCUAAACAGAUGUUACCUUUCUGACAGUUUUCUGAUCCUUUUGACUAUUUUCUCGUUCCUGUCAGUGCUAGUGCUGUCUGUAUCGUUCCUUGUUUUGAAGUUCAGUCCGAGCGUGAGGCUAACAAUGAGCACCAAGAGUCUGGAGAUGGAGCUGAAUGAGGUGAGAAUUGAUUAA